AAAAACUUUAUAAAUAAUCCUCACUCAUCAUUCUUGAACUUCAUCUUGGGUAUUCAAUCAUUUAGAUCCCAACCAAGUAUUGCUGAGUUGUUUUUUUUCUUCUUUAUUUUCUCAUUUUUAAAGUCCGCCGAAUAUUUCAUAUAUUUCCCUAGGUAGCAGGGGAGAAGAAUUUGAUUUGAUCAAUGGAGUUGGACCUAACACCGAAGGUAGCAGAAACAUUGUUAGAGGGAGAUGGUGGUGGUUAUUACAUUUGGUUGAGUUCUCAAGUUCCAGUUUUAGCAAAGACCAACGUUGGUGCUGGCCAACUUGUUCUUCGCCCACGAGGCUUUGCUCUUCCUCAUUAUGCUGAUUCCAACAAAAUCGGUUAUGUCAUUCAAGGGACUAACGGCGUAGCUGGAUUGGUUCUCCCUAAUAGUGGAAAAGAAGUAGUUGUGAAGCUUAAGAAAGGAGAUGUUAUACCUGUACCUAUUGGAGGUGUUUCAUGGUGGUUCAAUGAUGGUGACUCUGACCUUAAUAUUAUAUUUCUUGGAGAAACUUCAAAAGCUCAUGUUCCAGGAGAAUUCACCUAUUUUUUUCUAAAUGGUAUUCAAGGACUUUUAGCAAGUUUCUCUAGUGAUCUAAUAAGCAAAGUAUAUAAUUUUAAUCAAGAUGAGGUGAAUAAGUUAACACAAAGCCAAAGUGGGGUUGUGAUAAUUAGUGUAGAAAAAGGGCAACCAAUGCCUAAGCCACAAUUGGAGCUAACUAAAGAACUUGUUUAUGACAUAGAUGCUGCAGGCCCAAAUAUUGAGGCCCAAAAUGGUGGAUUAGUCACAAUCUUAACGGAUAAAGAACUUCCUUUUAUUAAGGAGGUUGGGUUAAGUGUGAUUAGAGUUAAACUUGAACCUAAUGCUAUUAAGGCACCAUCAAACUUAAUCACUCCUGGGAUUCAAUUAAUUUACAUAGCUAGAGGAGGUGGAAAAAUUGAAAUUGUGGGAUUGAAUGGGAAACGUGUUUUGGAUGCUCAAGUUAAGGUUGGUCAUUUGAUUGUUGUGCCACGUUUUUUUGUGGUCGCUAAAAUUGCAGGUGAAGAAGGAAUGGAGACUUACUCUAUUGUAACUACUACAAAGCCUUUGUUUGAAGAAUUAGCUGGCAAGAAAUCGGUUUGGGGAGUCUUAUCACCUACGGUGCAAGAAGUGUCUUUUAAUGUGAAUUCUGAGUUUCAAAAGCUUUUCAUAUCCAAGGCCACUCUCGACACAAAUCUCAUCCCCCCUACUAUUUAGUUUGACUUGUUUUUGGUAAUAAUAAGGUGUUUUGAAAGUUCUACAAUAUGUAUUGCUUAUGUAAGUUCAUGCAUAUGUGAGUGUAUUUACAUCAAUCAAUAUAAUUUCAUAAAAAUGUUGUGAGACUAAA